AACAGUUUCAUCCUCAUAAACUUUUCACCUUAAGCAUAUAAACAUCAAAUUGUAAUCGAUCAUUAGGAUAAGUGUGUUUUCUAAGUACAGAGGCAUGAUAAAUAGACUGCUCACAGAACAUAAUCUGCUUUGUUCUCACAAUAGUAAUGGGAUUAUACACUAGAGAAGAACUGUUAAAACUCAUAGAUUGACUGGAAACGUCAAAUAACACAAUUUAUAUUUAUGCAUAUAUUUCUUGAUAUUUUUUUUUGUUAUUUUCAAUGAUUAUCAUUACAUUUUACUAUUUGUCAUAUUAAAUCAUCAAAAGUAAUACAGGAAUUUAUCAUGAAUAACAAAAACAAGGAUAUUUUGUCUAACAAUCCUAGCGAUAUUCUCACCAGUAAUAUCACAAAGCACAAUAAAUCAAAUUCCCAUCCAUCAUCUUAUUUACCCUGCCGCAAUAAUGCCAAUAACAGUAGUAGUAGUAGUACGACCGGUCGAAAUGUUAAGGUGAAUGAAUUGAAGAACAAACCUUCAAGUUCACUCGGAACUGCUUACUGUCCACAGCACGGAAUAUUACCAAUCGUAAAAACAGCUUAUGUUUACCAGGAUAAUGAUUUGGACAAUCGAAGCAGUGGUAUACGCUUAGCCAUUCAACCAAAUCACUAUCGAAGUUUGGAGGCACUUCUAGAAGAAUUAACUACAACAGUGUCAACGGUUACCUGUAAUGAACAAAAAAUGUAUGCACCACAAGUGAUGAGUAAAUUUAAGUCAAUGAAUGAUAUACAAAGUAACAGUUACUAUGCAUACUCUGACUAUCCAACGAAAUCAAGAGGUAUAUCACUGGAUCGUAAAACAACUAAUAAAGCCAACCGGACCAUUGACUAUAAGCCUUCAUCACUUUCUACAUCAACGUCUUAUAGUAGACUAGUUCUACCCAGUUAUUCACUAACUCCUUCAAAGCUAGAUUUAAAUAAUCUUUUGAAUAGGUAUACCACCACUGACACUACUAACAGUAAUAAAUUCAACAAAACAACAAAUUGUGUUUAUCUGCCAACACUUGAUACGCUUAUUGUUGACUCCGAUGAAACCACCACAUGGAGACAAUUAAAACAAGUUAAACGUAUUUAUGUUCGCUUGAAUGGACAACCACGUAUAUACAAACCUGUGUUAGUUAGACGAAGAUACAUUAAAAAACUUGACCAAGUGUUGCAAGAAUUAAGUGAAUUAUUCCGAAUUCCUAUACAUAAAAUUUAUACAUUGGAUGGUGUAUUAGUAGAGACAUUACGCGAACUACUUGACGGUCCAAGUGAAUUUGUUGCGGCUGGUCUGGAGCGUUUUCGUCCAAUCCAAGAAAUAAAACAACCGGCUAGAUGCCUCAGUCGUAGUGUAAGUCGUACGAAAAAUCAAACUAGAUCACGGAGUAGCUCAGCUCUACCCCCAAUAAAGCAGACUUAUGAACAGUCAGAUAAAGUAUGUGAUUCAAAUGCUGGAUACACUGUCUGUCAGGUGUUCAUUAAAUCUGGUCAACAUGAUCCACAGACAGGUGAAAUGUACUCAUCUAUUUGUACAGCGAACCCAACAAUUACAAUCUGUAAUAAAUAUCAAUCUACUCAACCUAUAUUACUUAAAUCCGCUUAUAUUUGUACAAUAAACCAAAACAACAAUGGAAAUACACAACCUGAUCAAGGUAACGAAUCAAGUGGAUCUGAUGUCACAAGCAGUACACUGACUGGACCAUUUUGUCCAGGAAGUGUUGAUUAUUUUGAAAUACCCCUAAAUGAUUUUGGUGAAAUCAGUAAAAUACGCCUGAGUCAUGAUGGUUACGGUAAUUACCCUGAAUGGUUACCUGAAGAGAUAUGCCUAAGAUUAUCACCGGGUAAUGCUAAUCAGUCAAUUGACUCAUUGAAGAUGUACUCUCAAAAUAAUCCCCCUUCAAAUAAAUUACAAAAUUCAGAAGAAGAAAUUAGUUUUUCAUCUCCAACCACUACAUCAUGUGAAAUGACAUUUCCAUGUAUGAGAUGGUUGUCAAGAUAUAAAGCAGACGGUAGUCUAGUGCGUGAAAUCGCUGCGCCUGGAACACAAAUACGUGAUCAAGGACGCUUAUUUGGAAGAAUCCUGAAAGCAUAUCCCUUAGACAUUGCAACAUUAUUUCAACAAGAAGAAAGAUCUCCUGUAAUGCAAUAUCAACUGAUUACAAAGACUGGCAACCUUUGGAACGCAGGUGUCAAUGGAGUUAAUGUUAACAUUCUACUACAAGGUGAUCGUGGCGACACAGGACAACGGACCCUGUGGAAUGAAGAAGUAGACAGAAAGAAGGCUUUCUUAAGAGGAAAAACAAGCAUAUUUAAUGUGGAGGCUGUAUUCCUUGGAAGACUGAAGGCACUCACCAUAUGGUUAGAACCGAUUGAUACCGGAAAUGAUAGUAACAGUGUGACUACUGAUAGCGGCUGGUAUCUGGAAUAUGUAGUUAUUCACCAACUCUCACCAACUUUCGAUUCAGUCAGGAGUCAAAGAAGUGUUCCAAAUAACUCUCUUCUGCCUUCUUCUCCGCCUACACCUCUACCACCGCCAUCAUCGUCUCCAUCAGUUACAAAUACUGAUAGUUUCUUAGUGAAAACCAAACUCUCGAACUGUAAGGAUGCUUGUGGAACCUAUCUUUUCCCUGUUUUCAAUGGUUAA